UUGUGUGCUGUAUUUGGGCAACGACGUACAGUCUACAGCACCAGGGGUCGUGUGUUGUUCCUUUUCUGCAGGCUGACACAGAGAUGGAGUGAUACAUAUUGGCACGUGAUCCUGUGGUUAAAGGGAAACCAUAUAAGCAAGUGAAGAUGAGUCUGGUUUAAUUUACCAGUUGUACUACUCAGACAAAGAAACAGAACUGUGACUGAGGGUUGCUCUCAACGUCUCAUCAGUGAGUGGAUAACAUGGAUGAGUCAUUUACAACUUUAAUGACCACAGGAUCCACAGAAAUGCUGUUCAGUACUGAAACUGACCCACCUGAGUACGUUGACUAUGACACAGGGCCAACUGAAAACUCAGGCAUGUGUGACAGAACCUCGGUCAGGGUGUUCCGUCAGCAGUACGAACCACCUCUCUUCUGGAUAAUCUUCAUCCUUGGCGCUGUGGGCAACCUGUUGGUGGUUUGGAUCUACACCACUGUGCGCAACCGCCUGAAAACAAUGACGGACGUGUACCUGCUAAACCUGGCUGUGGCAGACCUCCUCUUCUUGUGCAUGCUACCCUUCUGGGCUGUCGAUGCCACCAAGGGAUGGGACUUUGGCAUCAGUCUCUGCAAAAUAGUGUCAGCUAUCUACAAAAUCAACUUCUUCAGCAGCAUGUUCCUGCUCACAUGCAUUAGCGUGGACCGCUACAUUGCGAUUGUUCAAGUCACCAAGGCUCAAAACCUGAAGAAGAAGAGGCUGUUUUACAGCAAACUUGCCUGUGUUGGCGUCUGGUCUCUCUCCACUCUCCUGGCCCUCCCUGAGUUUAUCUUUGCCCAGGUGAAGACCAACCAAAGAGGGCAGUCCUGUGCUCUGGUCUACUGGAACAACGGAAACAAUCGGACUAAGAUCCUGGUGUUGUCCCUGCAAAUCUGCAUGGGCUUCUGCCUACCUCUACUAGUUAUGAUCUUUUGUUACUCUGUCAUCAUUCGCACACUUCUACAGGCCAAGAGCUUUGAAAAGCACAAGGCCCUACGUGUCAUCUUUGCUGUGGUGUUUGUGUUUGUUUUCUCACAGCUGCCUUACAAUAGUCUGCUGAUAAUGGAGGCCACUCAGGCAGCUAAUACCACUAUCACCAACUGUGACACGGUAAUUGGUUUUGAUGUAGCUGGACAGGUUGCCAAGAGUCUGGCAUAUACUCAUGCCUGCCUGAACCCAUUCCUAUACGUCUUCAUUGGAGUUCGGUUCAGACAAGACCUCCUGAGGAUUGUGAAGAUGUGUGCUGGCGGUCUGGGAAAAGGAGGGCUCAGCAAACUGCAGGCGGUUCCCAAACGUCCCUCCAUCAUGUCUGAUACUGAUACUACACCUGCCCUUUCCAUAUGAAUGCCCAUUUUCCUAAACUUUCCUAAAAUCCUACACCUGAGACCUGAACCUAGUUCAACAUGAUCACCUUUUUUAAUUUUGUUCCUCAUGCAUUACUUACAGAGCAAUGAUAACAUUUCCAACUUUGAAAGCAAAAAUGUCUUUACAGUUUAUAUUCAUUACAUUCACAGUCACAUUCACAUGUUUUGGAAUUACUGUAUAAACUGUAAAUUAGUGUAAAUACUGUUUUUUAAGUGUUUGUAUUUUUACAUUUGUUACUUCAUGUAUUUGCUGUGUGCUGCUGUAACUAAAUAAAAAAAAAUAUUGUAUUUUUGAUUUCCAGGUUCAAAACAACAAUUAAAAAUUAUAAAAAUCUAAAGCAUA